AUGUCAUCCGUACCAUCAUCCCCAAUUAGAAAUGACAGCUCCUUUAUGGUUGCUGAAGGUCAAGAAGCAAGAUUAAGAAAGGAAAUUAAAAAGACUAUUUUAGAUUUUGAUAGCAACCAAUCAUACAUUGAAGAAGAAGAUAGAACAUACAUUUACAAUAAUUCAAGUAUACUAGAUGAUGACGAUGAGUUGGAAGACGCCGAAGCAGAAGAUGAUGAAGAUAGUUACGAGUUAGAUGACACUGAAAUUGAAAUUGAAGAAGAUGAUUCAAGUAUUGUCUUAGAGAAAGUUGCCAAUUCAACCACUGAUUCCACCAAAGACCUCAAAUCAUUAGCCACAGAAAAACCCUCUUUGACUUUCUAUCAAUUUCUCAAGAAGCAUGAAAUUCCAAGAAAACUUUUCCAUUCAUCAAUUGGUGUAUUAACAUUGUGGCUAUAUACUAUUGGUGUUACUGUACCCCAGUUAUUUAUACCAUUAGGAAGUGUGUUUGCUGUCCUUUUGACCAAUGAUUUGAUUAGAUUAAACAACCCUGCUUUGAAUGAGAAAAUUUGUAAGGUCAUGUCAUUUGUAAUUAGAGACAACGAAUAUAAUUCAUACAAUGGGACCCUUUUUUAUUUGGUGGGUGUUUUAAUUGUGCUUUAUGCUUAUCCAAAGGACAUUUCCGUUUUGAGUAUUUUAUUAUUGAGUUGGGCAGACACUGCAGCUUCCACCUUUGGUAGAGCAUUUGGUAAAUAUACUCCACAGAUUGCCAGUGGUAAAUCGUUGGCAGGAUGUCUUGCUAGUUGUGUAACCGGUGUUUUGACUGCUUAUUUAUGGUAUGGCUAUUUCAUUCCUCAAUAUAAUUAUUGGAACCAACCAGGCGAUAUCUACUGGAAUGCCUCAACAAACAAGUUGAGUUUACCAAUUUACUCUUUGCUAAUUGGGGUAAUAACUAGUAUUUCAGAAGUAAUUGAUUUGGCUGGCAUUGAUGAUAACUUUACAAUACCAGUUUUGAGUGGAACAUGUAUUUAUUGGUUGGUUAGAUUGACUCAGCAAUAA